AUGGCUGCCGAGGGACCCGGCCCCGGCGCCCGGCUCUGGGCGGCGGCGCUGCUCCUCCUUGGCCUGCCGCGCCUCUCCAUGCCGGCGAAUGGGAAGCUCUUCGUCCUGGAGUCUCAGAACGGCUCUCGGGGCCUGGCACUGGAGGCCGCGCGGCUUUCCUGCAGGAACAGGGGUGCUCACCUGGUGUCUGCAGAUGAGCUGCGGAAGGUGGUCCAGGACUGCGCCUUAGCGGUGUGCACCACGGGCUGGCUGGCGGACGGCACCCUGGGGACAACCGUCUGCAGCAAGGGGAGGGGUGAACAGCAAAACAUGCGAGCUGUCGAUGUGAGGGUUGAAAGCAGCCCGGUUCCUGGGGGUACACACAACGCACUGUGUAUGAAGGAUGAAGAGAAGCCAUGUGGAGACCCGCCCUCGUUCCCACACACAAUCCUGCAGGGCCGCACCGGCUUGGAGAUGGGCGACGAGUUACUGUAUGUGUGUGCCCCGGGCCACGUGACUGGCCGCCGCGAAACGGCCUUCACCCUGUUGUGCAACAGCUGCGGGGAGUGGUACGGGCUGGUCCAGGCCUGCGGGAAAGAUGAGGCAGAGGUACAUAUUGACUAUGAAGAUAAUUUUCCUGAUGAUAGAUCCGUGUCAUUCAGAGAGCUCAUGGAGGACUCCCGCACAGAGGCAGAGGAGGACAGGAGUCAGGAAGAACCCUCUGAGGAGGCUCCAAAACAGGACCGUCUGGUCUCUAUGCCUAGGAAGACCUCUAUGGCAAGGGAAGACAGAGCCCAGGAUACAGCCUUUGUGCCAACCACAGGCCUGCUGGGCGCUGGGAGCCCUGUCCCCACGGAGCUCCCGGGAUCCCAAGGCAGCGGGAAGGACAUGCUCUGGUCUCCUGCUGGGACCUUCCACAAGCCCGAGUGGGAAAAGGAGAUGGAUGAUGACGCCAAAAAGCACCUUCCUGCUGGAGACCACCACAGGGGCAGCACGUUGGCCCCAGGGGAGCCGGAAAGCAGGGUCACCUACCACAGCACUGAUGGCCCCUCGGGGCCCUCUGGGGGCAGGAAUGACAGCAGGGCCGGGGACGCAAUGGUGAGCAGCAGCGAUGAGUCCUGGUUAGACGGCUACCCUGUGACUGAUGGGGCCUGGAGGCAGACGGAGGUGGGAGAGGAGGGAGAUGAGGAAGAGGAGGACAAAGGGGAUGGAUCAGUAGGGCUGGAAGAAAGCAUCCUGGUGACGUCCAGCCAGCCUGCCCUUGCAGAAGGGAAGCAGUCCAGGAGCACCACCCUCACUCCCAGUGAGGACGUGACUUCACUUCUUCCCUCUCAAACGAUAGAUGGAGAAGCUUUGGCCCUCGGACCCAUGAAUGUGUCUGACACUGAGGGUCCCGGCAAAGGGGCUGGUGACUUGACGGGAAACCAGUCAACCGUCCCCUGGAGAUAUGCCACAGAGAAGCCUCCCACAUCCACCCCGCCCUAUGAACUCACCAGCUCUACCCUGGAGACCGAGACAACCGCCGUCCAGAAGACACCCAACCUCACUCCCUCAACUGUCGUGGCGGCCACCCAGACCCCACCGGAGACCACUGCCCCUGCCGUCCAGGAUACCUUCCCGUACCUGCUGUCGGAGGACUUCCUGGGGCAGGAAGUCCCCAACCCGGGUGCAAGCGAGGAGCUUCUCCCGACCUUGGAGCCUUGCGCUGGGGGCAAGUGUCCCAGCCUCGGCAGAGGCCCCGUCAUUGCCACGAUCGUCACAGUUCUGUGCCUGCUGCUGUUCCUGGCCGGCGUGGGGGCCGUGUGGGGCUACCGAAGAUGCCAGCACAAGAGCUCCGUGUACAAGCUGAAUGUUGGCCAGCGCCAGGCUCGGCACUACCAUCAACAGAUUGAGAUGGAGAAGGUCUAGCUGCCUUGGAGCUGGGGGGGGCUCCCCCGAAGCCCCCUUGGGAGGAAAAUAAACGGUGACACAUCACAGUGAGAACCGCUGACAUUUCACUAGCCCAUCAAACAGGGGAGUGGGCUGCUCUUCCUUCUCUCAGGUCUUUGCUUUCUACGCUGAGAAGUGGGUCUGGAAGCACCUGGCCGGGCAGGGAGGCUUGGGCGGGGUCAUCACACGUCAGCAGUCCCUGGACCACCUGUCCUGGGCCCUGUCGCCCUAACCCCAGACCUGUGCUUUGGCCCUAAUUCCAGCCGGAGGUCAAAAUUCACCUCUUCAUCCUACUAUUGUCUUCUUCUUCUUUUUUUUAAAGAAAGAAACGAGUCUGCAACCUGAAAUUUUCGAAAUAGGCGUGACAGAGUAUUUGAGAGCAGCGUUAUUUUGGAUCAGGUAUUUAAUUGCUGGGAGUGGAGGAGGGAAGAAAAACAAUGAGUUAUUUCCUUUUAAUGUUGCGAUGUUGCUGAGGGCAAAUGAGCCAAGAUCCAGGACAUAGUCUAGAAGCUCUGAGAUUUUUUUUCAAAAUUGUUUGUUGCAAUUGGAAAGAAUUUACAACUGACAUUUGUUGCGAGGAGGGGAGGAGGGCGGGAUACACAUCCACCCUGUUCCCUCUGUCCUGUGAAUCCGUCUUUUUUUUUUAAACAAGGUUAGCUUUGUACCGGUAAGCACCGUUUCCUCUCAGAAGCAGUGGCCUGGUUGUCCUUGACCAGUCUGUGCCUAGGAAUGUCUUAGAGUUUUUGCCAGGACUAACAAAAUUCAGUCCUCGGCUUCCUCUCUCAGGAUUAACCAUUUCUCUGAACGCCAGGAAGACAGACUAACCUAGGAGGGAAAAAAUGUUUAAAGAGGGCCAAGGACUAGGAUAUCAAGCACGGGUACCUACUUGAUGGAGAAGCAGAGGAAUUACAAAGGAAUAUGAAGUGAUCCGUGCCGGCCUAGUCUUUACCCUGUUGUGAUGACUGUGAGCUGUCUGGAAACAGCCUGAGUGCAUCACGGGCUCCCCCGGCUGGUGAGCAUCCAGUUCAUGGCGUCCCAGGCAUCUUAUGGUGACUCGGCCCGUCUCACUUGAGACGGCAGUCCUCAGACCAGCGGCAUAGAUAUCACCUGGGAACUUGCUGGAGAUGCAAGGCCUCUGAUUCCACCCUGGAUGAAGGGGAGGCCCUAGGGGUGGGGCCCAGCUGUGUGUGUGCAUUGCUCAGUCAUGUCCGACUCUUUGCGACCACGUGGGCCACAGCCCAUUAGGCUCCUCUGUCCAUGGGAUUCUCCUGGUGAGAAUCUUGGAGUGGGUUGCCAUUUCCUCCUCCUGGGGAUCUUCCCAACCCAGGGAUCUAAACCUGCAUCUCCUGGGGCUCCUGCAUUCGUAGCUGGAUUCUUGACUGCUGAGCCACCUGGGAAGCCCAUUUAUUGAUUUGGUGUCAUCUAAAUUAAUGUAAAAACGCACGUAGAAAGGGAAUGAUUAAAACAGUGUAAACUUCAAUUGUAUAUCAUUAUGCAUGUUUUGAGGUUGCUAAAUGUUCAAUGUUCACGAAAAUUGGGGGGUGGGGGAUGGGCGAGGAUCCAUUAACACAAAGCUUCUGAGAUAUUUAAAAUAAAUAAUUAUUUCCCCAAAUAGUUACUUAGUGUAUUUUAUAUCUGGGUUAUAUCACAAUUGUUGUUGUUGUUCAGUUGCUAAGUCGAGUCUGACUCUUUGCAACCCCAUGAACUGCAGUAUGCUAGACUUCCCUGUUCUUCACUAUCUCCCAGAGUUUGCCAAAUUCAUGUCCAUUGAGUCAUUGAUGCCAUGCAACCAUCUCAUCCUCUGUCUCCCUCUCCUCCUGCCCUCAAUCUUUCCCAGCAUCAGUCUUUUCCAGUGAGUCAGCUCUUUGUAUCAGGUGGCCAAAGGAUUGGAGCUUCAGCUUCGGCAUCAGUCCUUCCAAUAAAUAUUCAGGACUGAUUUCCUUUACUGACUGGUUUGAUCUCCUUGCAGUUCAAGGGACUCUCAAAAGUCUUCUCCAACACCACAGUUCAAAAGCAUCAAUUCUUCAGUUCUCACAAUAAGUUUUUUUUUUUUUAAAAAAGGAUUCUCUAGUAAUCUUGAAAGUAAUGUCUUAAUACUUGCUGGAUCUAAGACCAGCCUUUCUAAGCUUAAUUCUCAGCCACAUGACUUCCUGCAGCAGGAUUUUAGGGCGUCUGCUGAGCUCGUACCCUCUCUUCCAUCUUCCUAACACCAACCAGACACCAUGCUUCUCACUACAACAAAAAGCCCAGGAUCUUGCUACUCAAAGUGUGGUUCCCAGGCCAGCAGUACAGACACCACUUAGGAGCUUGUUAGAAAUGCAGAAUCCGGGACUUCCCUGGUGGCCCAGUGGUUAAGAAUCUGCCUGCCAGUGCAGGGGACAUGGGUUUGAUUCCUGGUUUGGGAAGAUCCCACAUGCCACGAGGCAAUUAAACCUGUGCUCUGGAGCAUACUCAUACCCUUCUCAUCCAGAGAAUUGUCCUCGGCCUAAUGGGAGUUCCCUCACCCAGGAGUCAGCCGCCCCCCACCCCCCACUCCCACCGGCUGGGCAGCCUGCGAGCAGCCAGUGACUAAUGGACAUGGUCACACGGAAGGUCGGCCUCCUUGCCACCAGGUGGGAGAGCUCCCAUGAGAUCAGGCAGAGGCUGGCCUGCAGUGACCACACCCUUGCCAGCUCCUUCCUGCGCCCCUUCUCCUGAGAGCACUCCAUCACUCGCACAAGGCUUUGCUUCAAGAGAUCUGGACCUGGACUUACCCGGGGGUCCAGUGGAUAAGAAUCUGCCUGCCAAUGGCGGGAGACACAUGGGUUCAAUUCCUGGUCCAGGAAGAUCCCACAUGCCCCGGAACAACUUAAGCCCCUGUACCACAACUACUGAAGCCCACACACUCUAGAGUCCAUGCUCAGGAACAAGAGAAGCCCACACACCGCAAUGAGGACUUGCUGCAACUAGACAAAGCCCGUGUGCAGCAGGGAAGACACAGCGAAACCAGAAAUUUAAAAAUAUUUACUAAUAAUAAUUUUGAAAAAAGUGAUCUGGACCUAAGACGUCCACCAAUGGAUAAACUCUUAAUUCCUACUCCCCCCAUUCCUGCUCGACCCAAACUUUUCCACUGUAUCCUCCAGAAGUCUUGGGCUGACAUCAACAGAAUCCCCCUGUCCUCCCCCUCCUCUUCCAGUAGCUGAUGUGUGAGUUCUCUGUGCAGAGUCUGCUUUUGCCCUAACUGGCUUCUUACUCUUCCCCCCUGCCUCCUUCUACACUUCUCUUUCUCCCCGCUUGUCCUUGGGUGACAGGCAUGGAGCACGGCAGCUGUCGGCUGUCAUGCCUGGAUUGGUCCUUGUUUGAAACAGUAAAUACUUGGUUACUUCUCAGACCUUGGCAGCAAGGGACCAGCUCAUCGGAUCCAAAGCAAGCCCUAGAUUCCCAGUGUCAUCCCUUCAUGGGAUCCCAGGUAGCCGAAAGAGAGCCUUACUUGGCGGAAGGAAUGAGCCUGCAUCUCCUGCAGGAUCUGGGCAGGUAAGGACCACCCCCCUCUGUCAGUCAACAGUCUUUGGGGUGAGGACUCUGCUUCAGGAGAUGCAGGUCAGAAACCUCACAGACGUGAGAAAACAGCUCAUGAGACACGUCCUAGGAAUUCCCAGGUGGGCCAGAGGUUAGGACUCUGCACUUCUGUUGCCGAAGGCAAAGUUUCGAUCCCUGGUGGGGGAGCUAAGACCCUAAGAUCCCACAAGCAGGUCAGUGUGGCAAAAAUAAACACAAACAAACCAAACACCACACAACACGUGUCCUAGAAGGACUGGGUGCGGUCAGGACAGUCCCACCACUGGACAGAGAAAGAAAAAUAGGUCAAGAAUAAGCAAAGUAAAACAUUUAAUGUGAUUUCUUUUAAAAAAGUUUUGUUUCCAACCAUUUUGCAAGUUCUAAUUUUCCAAAGAGUGAGACCAUACCCACUGCCCUGAUCCCAGGAGGGAGGUGGAAAAGACAUCGGUGACAACAUUUCAGCGUGGCCUGUGGACCACGACUCUACAGCGGGCCACCUUGGAUCUGUGGGUACGACUGAGAAACCGCAUCAGUGUGGCGGCCUGGGUGGGAGGGGAGUUUUGGGGAGAAGGGAUACAUGUGCACGUAUGGCCGGGUCCCUUCACUGUUCAUCUGAAACUGUCACAACACUGUUAACCGACUGCACCCCUGUACAAAACAAAAAAGGUUUUUAAAAAAUCAAUGAAAAAUAAACA